GGCGGCGCGAGGCGCGGAACCGGCGAUGUUGCUGUUCUGCCCGGCCUGCGGCAACGUGCUGGUGGCCGAGGAGGGGCCGCGGUGCCACCGCUUCGCCUGCACCACCUGCCCCUACGUGCGCAAUGUGACGCGGAAGGUGACGAGCAGGAAAUACCCGCAGCUGAAGGAGGUGGACGACGUCCUGGGCGGCGCCGCGGCCUGGGAGAACGUGGACUCCACCGCAGAGCCGUGCCCCAAGUGCGAGCACCCCCGCGCCUACUUCAUGCAGAUCCAGACGCGCUCGGCCGACGAGCCCAUGACCACCUUCUACAAGUGCUGCAGCCCCCAGUGCGGCCACCGCUGGAGGGACUGAGUCCUCCGCACACCUCGGGGCCGGCCCAAGCUGAGGGGGCCCCGGCCUGGUCCUGCCCCGGGGCCAGGCUGGCGGCGGCCGCCCUCGCAAUAAAGCUGGCGGUGAGUGGAAA